GUCUCGCGCGGCCACACCUGCAUUAAACGGGGGAAGUCCGUCCGGCGAACAGACAGAGAGACGGUGAAGCUGUAAGGAAAGCGGAGGCAAGAGGCUGAACAUCCACAGCAUCCAAAUGCAAUACCCCUAACCCUAUGAGCCAAAGGGAGUAAAGAUAUGCGCCGACAGGCGUUUGUGAGACUUUGUGGUCGUGUUCACACGCUGGGGAUUAAAAGGAAACGGAGCAGCGCGGUGCGGAACAAGCAUCCAGACUGGACAGCUGAGCGCGCAGGUUUUCCCAUGUGAUCCAUGACAGUGAGGACAGUGAUACUGACUCAACCAUUGUCUCCUCUCUGUUUCCGGACAAAGUGAGGCUUCCAGAGUGCCUCGGCUGUCCAUUGUGACUGGAAGAAAAAAAAAAAAAAGAAAAAUCCAGCUUGUCUGCAUAAAGACUUAUUCAGCAUCAUUCCUCUUGACCAGCCAGAGAGCUACCCCAGUGGUGAAAUUUCAGCAUCAUCUUUAGCCCCCCAGCAUUUCCCUUAUCCCUAUCCAUCUCCCUCAGCCCCUUGUCUUCUUUUCCCACCUCAACUUCAGUCUCAGCCCCAUUCAGAGUCCCACAUGACAGCUCAGAAACAUCCGUUACCCUCCCACUCUACAAGAGCCUUCUUUCCUUUCCCUCCAGCCCCUGUGGCGCUUGGCACCAGUGCCCAUCACAUAGACAGAUGGAGCCAACCCUGACCCCUCUCCUCGCCUGUGGGGACGCCGAAAGAAUCAACGCCUGACUUGGGGAGAGGGGGUGAGUGCGAGCGUGAAGGGAAAGACAGGAAGGGGCGAAGCAUUGCUUUGUCACCCCAGCAACACAUUUCACUAACUCCCAUGUUCUCCUCUUCAGCUGUACCAAAACGCACACAGCAGCAAAUUCAGCAGCAAGAGCAAAAAGACAUCAUGCUUUCCUCCUGACAUGUUUUUGUUUUUACUAUUUUGCAGAGAUAUUUUCUUUCGUCUUCUCCACACAGGAAUGAAAUAGGAAAUAUAAGAAUCACCAUUUUAAGGAAACAGGAAACCACAGAUGUUGAAAAAAAGCCUGUUGUUCAGUUUAAAGUCUUGAGCUGACGUUUCUCCGAACACCAAAGAAGUUUCACUCUAAAUGCACACUUCAGAAUCUCUUGUGCAUCUGAGACCCAGUUGAAAAGUUGCAGUCACCAGGCAAAAGCAAGUCAACCCUAGAGGGGGAUUUUUUUCAUCAUUGUGCUCCACACACCUGAGAAAAGAAGAAAAAAGACUUCCACAGCAGCAAAAAGGAAAUACCUGCGAGACUCCAGUCAAAGCUACCUCAGGUGUGCCUUUAACGUCUAUAAACCGCAACGUCCAGCAGUGAACCUUUUCUAUCAGUUCGAACGUGCACUUUGUGUCGGGACGUUCAAGACUGAAUGUCCCUACAUUUGUGUUUUAAACAAUAAGCAGGGUUGGAGUUUUUCCUGCUUUCUUUCCUUGGAUUUUACCUUCUCUGCUGAUAAGCACAUAAUGCCAAUUUUGAAGUAGCCACGCAUCAACGAUAAAAUGAAGCACUAAUAGCUGGUGAAAUGAAUUCAGCUGGCCAACAUAACAGAGGGGGGAAUACCGGCGUCCCAAAGCUACCCAGGUGACUGUUGCCACACUGAAGACCUAAACUGGAAACUCUGCUACCGUUUGGAUUUUUAGCUUUGAAUACUGAUGCAGGAGGAACAAUUUGUAUCCAGUGAGUGUGAGCUAUAAAGAUUUUCAUUCCUACAGAAGCAACAGACCAGAACUAACUUUGUGGAACCCUUAAUACACAGUGGUGCAGAUAAAAGCACAAAACACAAAGCUCAAUCAAGUCUGUUUGGACAUCUGGGGACUGAAGUUAUCUGUGGAUUCUGCUGUCUCUGUGUUGGCAUCAUCUUUAUUCAGCAAGCUGGGAGAGGCAUCAGCAUGCCAGAGCUGGACAAUUUCCCCCCCCUGAACGAACCCAGAGGUCCUGAUGUGGGCCUCAAUGCUCCAGCAGACCCAGCUCAGAUUCAGCACAGCAUCCUGGAGGAGCAGGUGGAGCUGUGGUGGUUCAGAGAUCCAGGGAAGUCUUUACUCUGCUAUUGUAUUGCUGUGCUUCUAAUUCUUGGCUGUGGACUGGGUGGCGUCGGCCUUCUCUCCACCACCACCAGUGUUUCAAGUGAAUGGCGGCUGGGUGCAGGCACAGCCCUGUGCCUACUAGCCUUGGGGGUCCUGCUGAAACAGCUGCUCAGCUCAGCUGUGCAGGACAUGAAUUGCAUUCGAAGCCGACAGCGGAUUGACAUGCUAAAGAGUGGCGGUUUGUCCGACCUUGUAGUGGUUUUAAUUACGGGACUGUCGCUGUUGAUUUGUGGAGGGGUUCUUCUCCGCCUGGCCCUGGCUAACCACAUGCCAAAACCUGGCCAAGCCCUUAAUGACAUGUACAUCUCUGGAGUGGUUUUGCUAGCUGGAGGGGGAGCAGCAGUUGUGGGUGUUGCAAUAUACUUUGUUGUGGUCAUCCUGCUUGAGAGGACAAGGCAUGGACAAAGGCUUGUGGACCGGGUUUUGAAUAUCUUUACUGUGUCAGGACACAUGAACCAACAAGCUCGCAGAGAGACGACCUCCAGCUUGGCUAACCUUAUAUGAGACGCAACCACACUGGAGCUGUGUAUUUUGCCCCAUGGCUCAGCUUAAUUAGAACAGGCUUCAUGCCCAAAUAUUUCAAGGAAACUGAUUAAAACAAUAUUCACACCUUACAUGCCUCACCAGAUGGCUAAACUAUGGAUGAAACAAAAUGAGUGGAAUUUGGAACAUUUGCUUGGUAGGUGUGUUAGCUGUAGGCAGUUAAAUAUCGGUCACAGAAUGAGGGGAAAAAAAGGUAAUUAAAGAAUUGAUCACAAGGAUGAUUAAAGUGCUAAAAUUCCAACUUCACCUUCAUGUAGCCAGCAAUUUAUGUUCAGAAAAUCCUUGAGAUGUGGCAAAAUUUGUGUCUUUAUAACGAGCCUGACCAUUCAUCCAAGAGUGUGUACCCCACCUCUUCCUGACAGCCAUUAACACAAAGGCACAAAUAAGACUUUUCUUUUUUUUUAAAGUGGUAUUUAAGUACUUCUUGGAUAUUCAGAAAUAAAAAAGCACAGAUUUAAUCUCAGAAAUGAUUCAACACACUGUAUUAGAACAAAAUGAAACUGUGAUGGAAGAUGAGCCUGUGAGUGAACAAUUCAUUGCUGUCAUGGAUUAAACACAAUUUUAAAAGAACCUACAACAGAUUUAUCUUGUCUUAGAGGUGACAUGAGGUUGUUAGAGGGCUCGUUUAAUUUGGAACGCAGCACAUUUCAGAUAAUGUAUGUGUUACAUCUAUAAUCCGUCCUGUCAAAGUGACCUUGUACUACAUAUCUGACUUUACCGGCUCGAUGGCUGCAAGCUGCUGUGGAUAAGAGCAGCAGCUGAAAUACAAAUGGCAAAAAUAUGGAAUGCAUUAUAGGUGAAACAGUAUAAACAUGGAAAAAGUCAUAAUAUCAAAUGUAAUAUCCAUCUCACUCUCUGUGCCCAUGUUUACACAAAGAUGCUAGCAUAUACAGCCGAUGUAUUUGAGAGCAUUUUUGGUCAUAUGUAAGGCUACAUCAAUUUAUUUCCUCAAUUUCAUAUUAAUUUCAAUUAACUCAAGCAGUACAACAACAGUUACUGUGACAGACUCUCAGAACAUCACUGUAACAUUGAGCUGCUUGUACAUAGAACAGAAGACAACAUGAUUGUUGGACAAUGAGUCCAUCUCAUGCCAUUUUAGAAUGUAUUGAUAAUGUGUGUAUUUGCAACACAGUUUUAUUUCAACUGUAAAUCUUGCAGCAUUUUUUUUAAUCCAGUGUUAAUCAGUGUUUUUGAUACUGUCACUGCAUGAUAUUCCUAUGUGUGUUGUAAAACGAUCAUCAUGUUGUGAAAGUAGUGAAGAAAGAUCAACCAAACAUACCUUCAUCUCAUUGGUUUGACUGUGCGGAUCAUUUUGUUCUCAACUUUCCUCAAAGUUUUACCAUUAAAUUUUGGAUAAACCCUA